GACGGGAGGGGUGUGAGUGUGUAGAAGAGGGAACUGAUCAUCAAAGAGAAACAAGCAUCUAGUUGGAAAUCCACAGGAGGGGGGCAAAGCCGAACGAUUCCACUGACACUGCCAAAGCGAGACACAGCAAAGAUACACAUCGGGCCAAUCUCAGCAAGGAAAUCCCAAUGCGAGAGGCAGCGAUCAAUACAUGGAGUGGAGAUAAUAGACGAUCGGCACUUGUUAACAAACACACAGCCCAUGUCAAGCUUCCCCCAUUCAUCCUGUAGAAAGGAGGCCAGCCUUCCAUGUGUGACUACACACCGAGAUAAGACAUCCUUCCCAGCCUGCCGGUGUAUGGAAGGGAGGAGGUGUCAGGGCAGCUGUCACUAGCCAUGGAUUGCAGCCUGCUAAGGAGACUCAUUACCAGAUAUUGUGCUGGAGAAGAAAAUUGGGUAGACAAUCGCACUAUUUAUGUUGGCCACAAAGAGCCUCCUCCUGGCACUGAAGCAUACAUUCCUCAGAGGUAUCCAGAUAACAGGAUAGUCUCCUCAAAGUACACAUUUUGGAACUUUGUACCGAAGAAUUUAUUUGAACAGUUCAGAAGAAUAGCAAAUUUUUAUUUUCUUAUUAUUUUCCUUGUACAGCUCAUUAUUGACACCCCAACUAGCCCGAUAACCAGUGGUCUACCACUCUUCUUUGUCAUCACUGUGACUGCAAUUAAACAGGGCUAUGAAGAUUGGUUAAGGCACAAAGCUGACAAUGCAAUGAACCAAUAUUCUGUCCAUGUCAUCCAGCAUGGAAAACUUGUUCGAAAACAAAGCCAGAAACUAAGAGUUGGAGACAUUGUAAUGGUGAAAGAAGAUGAAGUUUUUCCAUGUGAUAUGAUCUUGCUAUCCACAAGCAGAGAAGAUGGGACAUGUUUUGUAACAACAGCAAGUUUGGAUGGAGAAUCCAGCCACAAAACAUAUCAUUCUGUUCAAGAUACAAGAGCGUUUUACCAUGAGCAAGAUAUGGACACUCUGCAUGCAACCAUUGAAUGUGAACAACCUCAGCCUGAUCUUUACAAGUUUGUUGGCCGAAUAAAUAUUUAUAAUGGAACAGAAGACACUAUUGCCAGGCCUCUAGGGUCUGAGAACCUGUUGCUUCGUGGCGCCACACUGAAAAACACAGAAAGGGUAUUUGGUGUCGCUAUAUACACUGGAAUGGAAACCAAGAUGGCAUUAAAUUACCAAUCCAAAUCACAGAAAAGAUCUGCUGUUGAAAAGUCAAUGAAUGCCUACCUUAUAGUCUACCUGUGUAUUCUCAUCAGUAAAGCUGUAAUAAACACUGUGUUGAAAUAUGUAUGGCAGAGUGAGGCUUCCAGGGAUGAGCCUUGGUACAACCAAAAGACAGACUCUGAAAGACAAAGACACUUGUUAAUCAGAGCAUUCACAGACUUUCUGGCUUUUAUGGUCCUUUUCAACUACAUUAUUCCUGUCUCUAUGUACGUCACGGUGGAAAUGCAGAAAUUCCUGGGCUCCUAUUUCCUCACAUGGGAUGAGGAGAUGUUUGAUGAGACAAUCGGAGAAGGUCCUUUGGUAAACACCUCCGAUCUGAACGAAGAGCUUGGACAGGUAGAAUAUAUAUUCACAGAUAAGACUGGGACACUGACAGAGAAUAAUAUGGAGUUUAUUGAGUGCUGCAUUGAAGGUCAUGUUUACAUACCACAUGUGAUCUGUAAUGGGCAGAUCCUUCAUGAUUGCAUGGGCAUUGACAUGAUUGAUUCUUCACCUGGAGCUGGAGGCAAAGAAAGAGAAGAUCUGUUCUUCCGUGCUCUCUGUCUGUGCCACACUGUACAGGUGAAAGACGAAGACAACAUAGAUGGUGAGAGAAAAUCCAGUCAGUCUGGGAAAUCCAGUGUGUACAUUUCCUCCUCCCCUGAUGAAGUUGCUCUUGUAGAAGGUAUACAGAGACUUGGUUAUACAUUUCUGAGACUAAAGGACAAUUACUUGGAGAUUUGUAAUAGAGAAAAUGAAAUUGAAAGAUUUGAAUUGCUACAUGUUUUAACAUUUGAUUCUGUGAGGAGGCGUAUGAGCGUCAUAGUGAAAUCAUGUACAGGUGACAUCAUCCUGUUUUGUAAAGGAGCAGACUCUUCUAUAUUUCCCAGAGUCAGGGAAGGGAAGGUGGACCAAAUACGAUCCAGAGUUGAACGCAAUGCUGUGGAAGGUCUGAGGACUUUGUGCGUUGCCUAUAAGAGGUUUACAAAAGAGGAAUACGAAGAUGUGGAUAAGCUUCUAAAGAGAGCACAGCUGGCCCUACAAGACAGAGAGAAGAAGUUGGCAGAGACAUAUGAACAGAUUGAGCAGAACCUCAUCCUACUGGGGGCCACAGCGGUAGAAGACAGACUCCAGGAAAAAGCAGCAGAUACCAUUGAAUCUUUACAGAAAGCUGGCAUUAAAGUGUGGGUCCUCACAGGAGACAAAAUGGAGACCGCUGCUGCCACCUGUUAUGCCUGCAAACUGUUCAGGAGAACCACACAACUGCUGGAGCUCACAACAAAGAAGAUCGAGGAACAAAGUUUACAUGAUGUGCUGUUUGAGUUGAGCAAAACAGUCCUGAGGCACAGCGAGAGCUUACCGAGAGACAAUUUCUCAGGGUUUUCAGCCGAUUUCCAAGAUUAUGGUUUAAUUAUUGAUGGAGCCGCACUUUCAUUAAUAAUGAAACCUAGAGAAGAUGGGAGCUCUACAAACUACAGAGAGAUUUUCCUCGACAUCUGCAGGAACUGCAAUGCUGUUCUGUGUUGCCGGAUGGCCCCUUUGCAGAAAGCACAGAUUGUCAAACUAAUAAAGACAUCCAAAGAACGUCCAAUUACACUGGCCAUAGGAGAUGGUGCAAAUGAUGUCAGCAUGAUUCUUGAGGCACACGUUGGCAUUGGCAUUAUCGGUAAAGAAGGACGACAGGCAGCCAGGAACAGUGACUAUGCAAUACCUAAAUUUAAACAUUUAAAGAAGAUGCUUCUCGUUCACGGUCAUUUUUAUUAUGUUAGAAUAGCGGAGCUGGUUCAGUACUUUUUUUAUAAGAAUGUGUGCUUUAUCUUCCCCCAGUUUUUAUACCAGUUCUUCUGUGGAUUUUCCCAGCAGCCUUUAUAUGAUACUGCGUACCUAACACUGUACAAUAUCAGCUUCACUUCACUGCCUAUACUGUUGUAUAGUCUAAUAGAGCAACAUGUUAGUAUGGAAAUGUUGAAAAGAGAUCCCACAUUAUACAGGGAUAUUGCGAAGAAUUCUUUGCUGCGAUGGCGUCUGUUUAUUUAUUGGACCUUCCUGGGACUGUUUGAUGCAGUUGUGUUUUUCUUUGGGGCUUACUUCCUAUUUGACAAUGCCACUGUGACUAGCAAUGGACAGAUCUUGACAGCCAACACAUAUAUGAUGCUGGGAAACUGGACAUUUGGAACACUGGUAUUUACUGUUCUAGUAUUUACAGUUACACUUAAGCUUGCACUGGAUACACAAUACUGGACGUGGAUCAACCAUUUUGUGAUCUGGGGAUCACUUGUGUUCUAUAUUGUCUUUUCUUUGCUAUGGGGAGGGAUUGUCUGGCCAUUCCUCAAUUAUCAGAGGAUGUAUUAUGUCUUUAUGCAAAUGCUUUCCAGUGGUCCUGCAUGGCUGGGCAUUAUACUCCUCAUUACAGUCAGUCUCCUCCCAGAUGUUCUCAAGAAGAUUAUAUGCAGACUGUUCUGGCCCACGGCCACAGAAAAGAUACAGAAUGCUUCCAGCCUCUCUCAGGACCAUGUUUCUGAGUUCACGCCUCUAGCCUCCAUGCAGAGUCCAAACUACCAAAGCAACGAAUUCAACAGCGCUACAGCCAGCAGGUCUAAUUUUUUUUCUAAAAAAGUGAUGCUUACUCACUGGCGAGGCAAUGAUUAUUUCCACCUUCCAUCCCUCUUUGGCUAUUCCAAUACCCGCUAUAGCUCUAGUACGGGCUCAUACCUCAGCCGGUCAGGGUUGGAAACAUCAGUGUGACAGAUCACCACUGCAGGCCUUUAUGAACUCUUAUUUUACUUUAUAUGUUGGGAAAUUCAGCAAAAUGAUUGUUGUAAAAACAAUAGCCUCUUGGACGCUGACCACCACUGUUUAACAUUAGGAGAGAUUGCUUCUUUCUGGGCCUGGGAGGCUUUUUUAAGUACUGCAGCAAAGAACAAUCUUCACAGUCUGGUACUGUGUGACUGAGAGCACUAUACAUUUUCCUUGUUACCUGUUCAGAGAUUUAUGUGUUUUAUUAGUCAUGUCAGCUUUAGUUGUUUUUAUACUACUGAACUGUGUGUGAAUGAUUUCUAUUAUAUGUUAAAGUCAAAAAGGUAGCUGGUGGGUACAGCAUAACAUGCUAUCUAACUGUACAUCUUGUUUUUUUUUUUUUUUUUUUCUCUCUCUGCUGCUGGUACCAAAAAAACAAGCUGGUGUUUUCCCUGUGUUCACUGCUUUUAAAGAAAUAAUAUCUAUCAGUCAUGUCAUUGUAAGUUGCCAAAUAUGUUCAUGUAUUGGUCGUGUUCCUCCUCCCAUUAGUUCCUCUCUGGAUUCCUAUAUGUGCUCAUGUGUUGUGUGGCAUACAUUGAAGUUGACUUAUUAUAACUGGAGUAUAAAGGGGAAAAAAGGUCAAUACUUAAGUGUACAUAUUUUUUAUAUUGCAAUAAAAUUGCAAAGAAUGAAAGUGAGUAAUUUUUGUAACCCAAGAAUUCAUCAAAUCUGAUGAAGUAGUGGUAAGUCACCAUUAUCCUGAAUGUGACCUUUUACUGCGAUCCUGAAAAUAACCACAAAAUGUAACCUAAACCUACUUACAACUCUAAACCUGAACUUACACCUAACUCUGUUAGUAGGACUUUAAGUUUAAAUCCACUAAACACAUUCCAAGGGCAUUAAAACCAAAGAUGUUCAAUGACUUACAGUUUUAUUUAUUUCUAAACCAGCUACAUCCAAAGUAGAAAAGCCUGUGCCAUGUCAGCAACUGUAGACCCCUUCCCCUCUGUGUGUAAACAGUGUUUCCUUUGCAGAAGUACACCUAUAGUACUGCAGUCAGCAAAGCUCAUGCAAUCAGCAGGGAGCCUGAGCCGUGCUGAUCUCAGCUUUAGGCCUGACUCUUUAGAGAGCAUGUUGGUCUUAUGCAAAGAGGUCGCUGCUUUUCCAGAAAGGGCAAGGGUCCUUCUCUGCAGUAUACUGUCAUGGAACAGGAUUUUUUACCCAGGCUGUGACUACUUUUUAAAGAAAAAUAUAUAUUUAAAAGUUUGGGAAACCAAGAGCAAUAAAAAAAAACCUGACAUGGAUUAUAACUUCCCCUACUCUAUUAAAAAAAAAAUUGAUCUGUGUUUUUAUUGGAGAUCUUCUCUUAGUUAUCUGUAAGGACAGUAAAUGCUCAUUCACACCAAUUUGGCUGUGCUAAUUGUGGGUAAGAGGAGUAACAUCUUUAGUGUGGGCCUCCUCACAAUUAGACCCAGCACUGCAUGCUUGGGGGUAUCAUAAAUAAAAGAUCACCAACACACUAUAAACAAAGUACAUCUCUACUUUUUCUUUGCUCCAGUUCUUAUAUAUCAACCUCAAUGCUUCUUACUAACUAUGCUUAUCUAUAAGUGCCGUUACCACUGCAGGAAAGGAUACUCAUGGGACAAGACUGCUUUUUAAAAACUCCAAAUUCAUGUACUAUAAUAUAUGUUAACAGAAAAUUGUCGGCAGUUAAAGUACAUUUUAAAUGAAUAAACAUUUAAUAUAAGUA